AUGCAUCCCACGAUAUCCACCUUUGAAAUGAAGCCCGUUGAGCUGGGUGACAUUGUCGCAAUUACUGAGCUCUGGUAUAAUGCGUUCAGCAUCCCGCAGAAUCUGAAGAUGUUUCCAGAUACCCCAGGAGUCCGGCAGUGGUGGAAUGAAGCACAUCGGCAGGAUAUACUGCAUAACCCACACAGAAGGUAUCUCAAAGUGGUGGAUGUCGCUUCACCUGGUUUUAUAGUCGCAUAUGCCAAAUGGGAUCUGAAUCCGCAGCAAAGUGGACCGCGAUUUCCCCCUUGGCAUGAGAAAUCCGAUCAUCAGGCUUGCAGCGAGUUGUUCGGGAUGCUCGAAAAAGAGCGAAUCAAGUUCUUCGCAGACAAGCAGUUCUAUUAUCUUGACAUGCUGGUGACACAUCCAGUCUACCGACGACAGGGAGCUGGGUCCAUGUUGAUCCAAUGGGGCUGUGAGCGGGCUGACGAAGAAGGGGUCCUUGCUUAUGUGGAUGCGCACCAAGCUGCUGCUCCUCUCUAUCGAAAGUUCGGCUUCCGUGAGCGAACGGAUGUCGAGGUCGAUCUACAAGGGGCUCUUCCGAUGGUUAGAGAGUCACAAUUGAAGAAUUAA